GCGGGUAAGAGGAAGUAUAAAGUGACUUCCCAAAUAAAAAGCAAAGUAGUGGAGACGCUCUGGAGAGAAACACAAACAGGCCUUUCUUUCUUUGCUGCAACAAACACAACAAAAGCAAGAUAUGGCUUCUGUUGCCAGCGUCUUGUCCAAGGAGCAGCUUCUUUGCCCCAUCUGUCUGGAUGUGUUCAAUCAGCCUGUCUCUACUCCUUGUGGGCACAACUUCUGCAGGGGCUGCAUACAGAGAUACUGGCAGACCAAUAAUCUGCCGCAGUGUCCUAUGUGCAAGCACAAGUUUUACAAGAGACCUGACCUCAAAGUUAACACCUUCAUAUCAGAGGUGGCCUCUCAGUUCAAGGAGUUUGGAGAAAAGAAGUGUGAAGAUAAAACAGGCUGUACAGGAGACGUUUCUUGUGAUGUUUGCAUUGGAAAGAAAGUGAAGGCUUUAAAAUCCUGCCUGGACUGUUUGGCCUCAUUCUGUGAGACUCAUCUGGAGCCUCAUAAUGUUGUAGGUGCCCUCAAGAAGCACAGCCUAAUUAACCCCAUGAUGAACAUGCAAGACAGAGUAUGUAAGAAGCAUGAGAGCCUGCUGGACCGGUUCUGUAAUACUGAUCAGAUGUAUGUGUGCCGUGUCUGCGUUACGACGGACCACAAGGCUCACAACACUGUUCGUAUAGAGGAUGAAAGCAGAGACAAGAGAGUUCAGAUCGGAAACAUAAAUGCAGAUUUGCAAGAAAUGAUCCAUAACCGGCUGCAGAAAAUCUGUGAGAUAAAUCAAGCCGUUCAACUCAGCAAAAGAAACACAGAAAGAGAGAAUGAGGACAGUUUGCAAGUCUUCAACAAACUGCUUCAAGUUGUUCAGAAAGGCCAAGCUGAAGUGGCUGAGGGGAUAAAAGCGAAGCAGAAGCAAAUAGAAAGUGGAGCCAGUGAGAUUAUAAUAGAGCUGGAGCAGGAGGUCCAUCAACUGAGGCAUAGGACUACGGAUCUGGAGCAGCUCUCACACUCCGAAGAUGAUCUCUACCUUUUGAGGAGCUUUCCUGCUUUCUCCACCAUGCCGGUCAUGAAAGACUGGUCUGAGACCUACGUAGAAAGUGCUGAACAUGUUGGCACAGUGAGGCGGGCGGUGAGGAGAGCCAUGUGUCAGCUGGAGGAGACAGUAAAGGCGGAGGUGAAGAGGCUUUGUGAGACUGAAUUUAAGCGGGCUCAGACAUGGGCUGUGGAUGUGAACUUGGAUCCUGACACAGCACAUCCCAAACUGGUGCUGUCUGAAAACAAGAAACAGGUCUAUCAUGGUGAUCAGGCUGCGAGUCUCCCUGACAACCCAGCGAGAUUUUACCCUUGUGUAAGUGUCCUGGGAAAGGAGGGUUUCUCCUCUGGCAGGAUCUACUAUGAGGUCCAGGUGAAAGGGAAGACAGAGUGGGAUAUUGGAGUCGGACUUGAAUCAGUCAACAGAAAAGGAGGGAAUUUGCUGAAUCCUGAAAGAGGCUUCUGGACCCUGGGGAUGAGAAAGGAUGGAAAAUACUGGGCACUCGGCAGCCCUCCUGUCUGUGUGCCACUGGUGGAGAUGCCCCAGACAGUCGGGGUAUAUGUGGAUUUGGAGUGUGGGCAGGUUUCCUUUUACAACCCAGAUUCUCGCUCUCAUAUCUACACUUUCACUGGAUAUACGUUCAGUGAAAGGCUUUUCCCCUACUUCAACCCCCGACGAAAUCAUGGCAGGGUCAACUUGGCCCCUCUUGUCAUCUUGCCUGCAAAAAUCUGAAAUUAUUUUUUUUUAUAUCUU